UAAACACGACAUUCCUUCAAAAACACAAGUCGUAAACGCAAAACCCAACCAUGAAUGAGCAAGAGAGUUUGAUCAUGGCUUCAGCCAAAGUGGUGGAGUAUUUGGAGCCGUUGAUGUCAAGGGAACUUCUUUGCAAAUUCCCAGACAACUCCGCCUUCGAUUUCGAUUACACCCAGAGCUCGCUUUGGUCUCCUUUGAUCCCUCGCCCUUACAGUCCUGCAGUCUUGGAUUACGAUCCCAUCAUUAUACCUCGAAACCUCGCUUUCGACGAGGGGUUCGGGUUCGGGUUGGAGAAAAGCAACUGCAGUGCCAAGAAAUUCAGACCCAACCUGAAGAAGAAGAAAGCCACCGCUGCUUUCAACAUUAAUCUCCAGCUUUUGAGAAACAAGAACAAGACGAGGAAGAACAUAGCUUCUGGAUUUUCCCCAACUCCUGUCAAAGGCGGCUGUGCCCCCAUCAUUACCAAGGGGUGGAGUAAGAUGCUGAAAGCUGCAUCGAAGCAUUUCAAGAGAAAGAAGAAAGAGUCAACGGUCCACAUGAAGAUUCCAAACUAUUUGAGAGAUUCAACUAUAUGAAUUUGGUUUAUUGUUUUAGAGGUUAAAGAUAAAGCCUGAAAUAUUCCUCCGGCAUGUCUGUAUCUAAUUCCUUCAAUUCAUUUCAGUUCUGAUAAAAAAAGC